AUGGCCCUUUGUACCUACAGCAAGUCGGAAGUCUAUCGGGAAGAGAUUCUUACAGAGUGCCCCAUGGGGAUUGGGGUCGAUGCGGCAAGAAAGUGCUUCUGCAAAACGAGGGAAUAUCGCAACGACUUGAGGGUUGCGGUGUGCUUGUUCCCAAAGACUUGGAACGGUCAACCGAUUCAUUCCAUCGAACGCACCCGAGAGACCCUUGAGAGGAUCGCCAGGGACGAUCGUCGGAAGAGAUCGCAAGAAAAGCUGAACGCUAAGGAGAACGAAACGAUGGCGACAGACACACAGACCACCCAAGCGGCCGAUACGGCGGCGGUUGAGUCCGACAAUAGGGGGAAUGAACUUGCUGUGAGUGAGCUUGUUGGUGGCACUGGACACGCCGUGACGAUCUACGACCGCUUCGCGGCCUCAUCGGGCUUUAUGAUGGCCCUCGCGAAUGCCUUUGAGAAGUCUCGGAUGUUCGGCUGCAAGAACAAAGAGCAGGGUUUCAUCAUGGCGAUCGCCUGUGUCACUGAGCGUCAGUCGCCAAUCGAGCUUCAGCGAAAAUACCACAUUAUCAACGGUGGUCUUUCGAUGAAGUCUGACGUGAUGCUUGCGGAGUUUCACCGGCUUGGUGGCAAGUGCCGAAUGGUCGAGCGAUCGUCGGAAGUCGCCCGGGCAGAGUUCUCUUACAACGGCAUAAAGUACGAUCUCUCAUGCACGUGGGAAGAGGUCAAGCAAGAGCCGUAUCCGUGGAAAGACGGUAAGGUCGGCGACAAGCUGCAGCCAAACUAUUCCACACCCCGCAAGCGAAUGCAGAUGCUUUGGGCUCGACUGAUUAGCGAUUCGAUUCGCUUCAUUUGCCCAGAGGUCAACGGAGGCCAGUACACGCCUGAAGAAUUGGCGGAUGAGUCGGGGGAAUCAAUCGAUGCCAUCGAGGGCAGCUUCACGGUGCAGAGUGAAAUGCCUACGGCCGGUGAGCAAGAGGCCGACGCAGUACCCACCAAGCAGGUUUCUGCGAUCGCAUCUCAAGAGCAACUGAAAGAACUCACCACCGCAUUGGGCAAAGUGUUCGGCGAGGAUCGCGCCAAGUGGCAGGUCUUCAUCGAACGUAUCCAGCCAGGCUUGAAGUCAGCAACCGAGUUGACCACAGAGAAUGCCGCUAAGGCGAUCCAGCUACUUCAGGAGAAAGCGAAAGCGUCAAGCAGUGCAGUCAAGCAGGAGCCUGAAGAGCAGGCCGCCCAAGUCGCAACCGAAGAUCAGCUUCAACGCGUACUCCAUCUGAAAAAUGCCGCCCAGAUUGAUGACGCGACCUGGCAGCAGGUUCGCGGUCGCCUCGGUUUAGCGGAAGGUCAGCCAUUGUCCCAAGCCGGCUCGGGUUCGGUUGCCAAUCUAAUCAACUGGCUUGAAACAAAAGUGCCCAAGUCUGAGCUGGACAACUGGGCCGAAGGAGCAAGGACGAUGACGGACGAUAAUUGGGGCGAUUUUGGUGACAACGCGGUGGAAGAAGGUUUCUCAAUCUCGGGUGAUGGCGUCACUUCCGAUGAUCUUGGCGGUGGAAGUCUCGAUCGGCCCGGUUCGUAUCACUUCGAAAUAACCGAAGUGGUGCCGGAGCUCGAAGUCGUAGGCACAAGCGGCAAGGACAAGUCGCCGGCAGUGAGGUUCGAAAUGACGGUUCUUCAGUCCGUCAAAGGCCAGUGCCCCGAGGGUACGCGAUACUUCCACCGUCUGUAUGUCGGUGGCAAGGGCGGCCAGCCGAUCAAGGAAGGUUCAAAGAAAGCGAUCUUCCGCUUCUGUCUGGGCCUGGGCCUGGCAAAGGAGGUCGAAGGCAAGGGGAUCUUCGAUGCCUCGACUGGCGGUGAGAUCAACUUGGACACUUUGAAGCGAGCUCGCGGCCUUCAGUGCUGUGCUCUCAUCAAGAAAGAGGUCGACGACGACUACGGAGAGCAGUUCCGAAUACCCUUCUCCGACGUCCGCCUUCCGAACGAUCCAAAGUUCGAAGACACCCCCAAAAACUUCGACGCUCUGGUUGCCGGUGGUUAUGCGGGACCUCGUGAGGCGGCUCAAAACUUGCCGAAGCCUCCCGCCCCGGCAGCUGCAGCAAAGCCCAAUGAAGAGGCAGCCGGGAGGAAGAGCCCCACCGCGUCAAUGAAAGACGUGGUCCGAUGGAUCAGCGAUGGCGUGUUUCGCAUCGAGGACGGGCGCGUCUUUAAAGGUGACAAAGAGUUAGCCCAGCGAGUGAAUAUCCGCAAUCGGUGCAAACACGGAGACCCUCGCGUUGAUCUCUGGCACGAAGGAAAGCGUCGUUCUUGCCACGUAUCAGCGUUGGUGUGGAUCGCCAACACUGGCGAAGGAAUACCAGCAGACAGUAAUUUCGUCUUCGGUGCCAUCGACGAUGAUGCAGAAGACUCCCAACUGGGCACGACGAAAGAGAUCAAGUUUUGUGGCAGCAUCGAACGUGGGGAGAUCCUCGAAGGCGUUGAGUAUCUCUUCGUCGGCACUUGGGAUCAGCACUCGCGGUAUGGUCGCCAGUUCAAGUUCAAGCAGGCCAUUCGUCGCGAGCCGCAUUCACAGUUUGGGCUGACGAAGUAUCUCGAACGAUACGCGAAGGGAAUCGGGCCGAAACGAGCGAUUCAGUUGUGGAAUGCGUUCGGCCAGGACGCGGUGAAGACCAUCCGAACCGACCCUGCAUUGGCGUGCAGUGCGGUCGACGGUUGGAAAAUCGAAGACGCCCUGAAGGCAUCUGAGGAUCUGAGAAAGCUGCAGGCCGAAGAGGAAACACGGAUCGAAUUAACCAAUCUCUUCGCCGGCAGAGGCUUCCCGGGAAAGCUGGUGGAUGAGUGUAUCGAUCGAUGGGGCAUCAUGGCUCCAAAGCGAAUCAAGCGUGACCCCUUCUCGCUGCUGGUGAACGGAAUGAAAGGGUGCGGCUUUGCUCGGUGCGAUCGCCUGUACCUCGACUUGGGUUUGAAUCCGCUGAGGCUGAAGCGACAGGUCAUCUGUGCUUGGCAUCUCAUUCACAGCGACAUGAGUGGCCACACCUGGCUGCCCGCGAGAGUGAUUGUGCUUCGCCUGGGCGAGAUGGUUGGCAAUUCUAAGGCCAGCCCCGAGAAGGCCGUGAAGAUCGGCGUUCGUGCUGGGGAGGAACGAACGAUGGCAGCACAUUGGAAGAAGGUCCAGGCGAAGGAAGAAGAGACGGUGAUGAUGACCGUCCGCCUGCCGCGUGGACAGCGGGACAGAUUCAGCACAGUGGUCCGAGCGUCGACGCGGGGGGAAGUCUCGCGGGAUGAUUUUCUGCGGCGAUUCGUUGAAGCGGUGAUUGACGAUGCGGACAACGAUCGAGAUCCGCAGGACCAGCCAGAUGAUUCGGUGGAUUUGAUCUUUGGGUCUCCACCUUACGAGGAUGCUCGCACCUACGGCAUCGACUUCAACCUGAAAGGCCAAGCUUGGGUCGACUGGCUUUUUGCUCGCUGGGUUGAAAUGGACCGUGUGUGCCGUGGAGUAGUGGCGAUGGUCGUCAGCGGCAAGGCAGACGGACCGCAAAGCUACUCUUCGACGCCGGCAUUACUAGAAGCGGACUUGAAGCGGGCGGGUUUCAACACUCGACGCAAGCCGGUCUAUGCAAAGAACGGCCUUGCUGGGAGUGGUGGCAAAGAUUGGCUUCGUGCUGACACCGAAGACAUUGUUUGCACAACGCCAAAAGGGCUUCUGCCCUGGUCGGAUAACACCGCAAUGGGAGGACCGCCGAAGUACAGGCGUGGCGGUCGUUUUUCCAAUCGCACAAAGAGCGGUUCUCGGGGCGACGCGCCUUACCCAGCACUAAAGCGAACCAACCCAGGCAACAUCAUCCGUUGUACGGUUGGCGGCGGUCACCUUGGCAGCAAACUCGCUCACGAGAAUGAGGCACCUUUCCCUGAGGACUUGCCCGAAUUCUUCAUCAAGUCGUUCUGUCCACCAGGUGGGAUCGUAUGCGAUCCGUUUUCCGGGAGUGGAACCACGGCCAAGGCGAAUUGCCGAAGUCCAAACAAAGCUGAUCGCAUGAAGACUCUCUGGCCCAAACCUGAAGACCUCGAAGACGUAAGCGACCACCAGCGCGGUGCGUACGCGAACGCCACGCGGUCACCACUCGGCAUUCUCACCGGAGGUCCCGGCACCGGUAAAACAUGGUCGACCAGUGCGAUCCUGAAGGCCAUCACUAAAGAGCACGGCGCGGAGAACGUUGGUGUAUGUGCUCCGACCGGCAAGGCCGCGAUCCGCAUGACGCAAGCCAUGUCCGAGCGAAGUCUGUCGAUCGAGGCCACCACUGGGCAUCGGCUGCUCGGCGUCAGUCGCAACGGGCACGAUGGCAAAGGAUGGGGGUUCAUUCACGACGCAGGCAACCCGUUGCCCUAUCGCUUCCUGGCCGUUGACGAAUCGUUCAUGCUGGGGACCAAUCUCGCUUCAAAGAUCCUCGCGGCAUGUGCACCUGGCACACACGUGCUCUUCACGGGAGACGAAGGCCAGCUCUUGCCGGUUGGCCACGGCGCUCCGGUGCGUGACAUGGUCCGGGCUGGACUUCCGCACGGGCAACUCACCAAGGUUGAGAGAAACGCGGGCGACAUCGUGCGAGCAUGCCAGGCGAUGCGUGCCGGCCGCAUCUUCUAUCCAAGCAAGUCGAUCAAUGUGGCUGCUGGGAACAACUGGCUGCAUAUCGAAACGCGAAACAGCCAGCAGUCCCUCGAUCGACUGCGAGAACUCUUGGGCCGUCCCGCGGACACGCACGAUACCACAUGGGAUAUGCAGGCGAUUACCGCCCGUCGGGAGAAAGGCGAUCUGUCGAAGGAUCAUGUGAACAAAGUCUUGCGGGCUGUGCUGAAUCCAAGGCAUGAGGGUGGCGAGAUCGCCGGUAACCCCUUCCGCGUCGGUGACAAGGUGAUUUGCACUGAGAACUUCAUGCUGCCUGUGGUUGAACAAGACGGUGGUGACUGGAACGAAUCCGACCACAGCGACUUUGUUGCUAACGGCGAGAUUGGCCGAGUCGAGUUGAUCGACAAGAAAGAGAUACUUGUUUCAUUCGACUGCCCAAGACGAACGGUGGCUGUACGCGGAGAGCUGCUCUCAAUCUUUGAUUGGGCAUACGGCAUUACGUGCCACAAGGCUCAGGGUUCUCAAUGGCCGGUGGUUAUUGCCCUCGUCGACGAUUCGCGUGGGGCAGGAAUGCUUUGUUCGCGGGAGUGGUGGUAUACGGCGAUCAGUCGCAUGCAAACCCUUUGCGUGACGAUUGGGAAAUUCUCCGUGAUUCGUCAGCACUGUGCGGUCGAGCGAUCGAGCAUGCGAAAGACGUUCCUUGCUGAGCAGGACGCCCAGACGAUCAACGGCGUUCGACAUCCACGACCGCUGAUCGUGCGAACAGUGAGUGCCGCACUGAAGACUGGCGACUACUCGAUCGAAGGCUUCGAGGACAAAGUUGCCAUUGAAAGAAAAUCGCUGGGCGAUGCCUUCUCGUCGUUUGGUGCUGAUCGGGAGCGAUUCGAGCGAGAGCUUCAACGAAUGGCGGAGAUGGAAUUCUCCGUUGUGGUUGUUGAGGCCAGCCUGGGCAGUGUGCUUUACAAGCCGAAGCCGGAAGGAUCGGGCAACCGGUGGUUCAGCGGCAAGGCACUCAUUCGCACCGUUACGGCCUGGCAGAACAGGUAUCCAACGAAGUGGUGGUUCUUCCCGACAAGGGAUUGGUCGGAGCGAAUGACGUUCAGAAUGCUUGAGCGGUAUUGGCUGGACAAGCAGAAGGAAUUGGAGGGAGCUUUGUGA